AUGGUGCGUCAGCUCCACGACGGGAUGAUGGCGCGCAUCAUGGACAACGGGACGGUGUCUGAAGCCUUCGCAUGGACCAAUGGAAUGAAGCAAGGCUGUGUCAUUGUGCCUAUCAUUUACAUUCUGAUGUUCUCUGCCACGCUGAUGGAUGUGACGAGUGUCCUGGAACCC